AUGGCCUUAUUCUCCAUACUCCUCUAUACCCUCCUAGCCCUCCUCCUCCCACCCUUCCUCUUCCUGACAUGGUACCUUCACGUCCCCCGAAACCUCCCCAACCUCCCCAAAAUCCCAAUCUACGUCUCAAUCCUCGGCCUCUGGUCCUCAAUGGGCCAAGACGAGAUCUAUGAGCGCUGGUUCAGGGCCCCACUAGGAAAACACGGCGCCGUGUUAGUCUGGUUCGGAGGACGAUGGAGUGUUCUCGUCUCACGACCGGAUUGGUUAACUGAUAUGUUUCGAAAUGAACAAAUAUAUGCAAAAGCAGGGAGUCAGAUUAAGAUCCCGCAUGCUGUUAUUGCAACGCUGGUCGGUGAUAAUAUCAUCAAUGCCCAUGGAGAGAAUUGGAGGCUUUACACUGGUAUCAUGAAGGCUGGAUUGCAGAAGAAGGUUUUUGAGACGACUUCUUUGCUGAAACAGUCGAGGAAGUUGGUUGAUAUCUUGAUUGAUCAGCAGAAAGAGACUGGACCCAACAAAGGCAUUUUGAUUAUGGCAGAUGUACAGAAAUGGGCUGUUGAUGUGAUGGGCGAGAAUUUCUUGGACUUGGAUUUCAAGAGCUUGGGCCAACCCAAUGGCGCCGUCCGAAUCGAAUCCAUCCAAUCUAUAAUCAAAGCAACCCUCUUCAAACCAAUGUACUUCAGUUUCCCGGAUCUCGACCACUUCCCCUGGCUCCUACCUUCACGCAAACGCGCGUAUCAAAUAAUGCGCGAAUUCGACAACCGACUGUACGCAAUGAUAAUGAACAUGCUCCAAAAGCGCACACAAGAGAAACCCCCACAGAGCGAGGAAAAGGAAAUGGUCUCGCACAUGCUGGGGGAAGCAUACACAUCGGGGCGAAUAACCGAGAAACAAUUCCGGGAUAAUCUCAAGAUAACCUUCCUAACGGCGCACGAAAACGCGCAGCAACUCGUCACCUCGAUGUUCUGGCAGUUGGGGACACGAGUCGAUAUCCAAGAUCGACUACGGGAGGAGAUCCUGAGUACAGCAAAGACCCAUCCGAAUCCAUCACAGGAAGUCAUUAACAAUCUCCCGUACCUGACGGCCGUGGUGUUGGAACUACUUCGUCUCUUCCCACCUGUAUCUCAGCUCAUUAACCGAGUCGCGGUACAGCCUGCGCUACUGGGUGGAGAACUUCCCUAUCCCCGCGGGCGCGUUUGUGGGAUGGAAUGCGUGGGCAGUGCAUAG